AUGAGCGCUAAUAGGGAGUCUGUGGUGGGAAUUCGAGAGGAAGCUGACCCUGAGGAAGCUGCGUAUGGUGCCCCGCAUGGGCUGGGCUGGGGGGGCAGCGCCUCUGAACCAGGCCCUGUCCGGGUUCCACAACCCGAGCGUCCCGGGGCGUUGGCAACCCAGGGCGCGCACCCGUUGAGGGGCGGGGCCUGCCGUUCCCGCCUCGAGUGUGGCCCCGCCUCCACCUCCUUCGACGCAGCCUCUGGUGCACUUUCGGCUCCUUCCCUUUCCCCGGCCUUCCAGCUUGGUCUUUCCGGGCCUCACUUCCCCCAGCCCCUGCGCCGGGCCCGAACGAGAGGUUCCGGAGCCCCGAGGGUCGGCGGGCGGGGCUUCGGGGAAGAGGAGCUCGGGGAGAGCCAUUCCGGAGGCCGGAGAGUCAUCGCCCUUGGGAAUCUUUGGCCGCCCAGACAGAAGGGAAUGUGCAGCAAACAACUUCCUCCUUGUAACCUGAGUAAAGAGGACUUGUUACAGAACCCAUACUUCAGCAAGCUUCUCCUGAAUCUCUCACAGCAUGUAGAUGAGAGUGGCUUAAGCCUCACCCUGGCAAAGGAGCAGGCUCAGGCAUGGAAGGAAGUUCGACUGCAUAAGACAACAUGGCUGAGGUCUGAGAUUUUACAUAGAGUCAUUCAAGAGUUGCUUGUGGACUACUAUGUGAAGAUGCAGGACACAAAUGUAACUUCUGAGGACAAAAAGUUUCAUGAGACCCUUGAACAGCGGCUACUUGUAACUGAACUGAUGCGGCUCUUAGGUCCUAGCCAGGAGAGGGAGAUACCUCCACUGCUGGGGAUGGAGAAAGCGGACCUUCUGGAACUCAUGCCACUCUCAGAGGAUUUUGUGUGGAUGAGGGCUCGGCUACAGCAAGAAGUAGAGGAGCAGCUCAAAAAGAAAUGUUUCACUCUGCUCUGCUACUAUGAUCCCAAUUCAGAUGCUGACAGUGAAACCGUGAAGGCAGCAAAGGUGUGGAAACUCGCAGAGGUCCUGGUGGGUGAGCAGCAGCAGUGCCAGGAUGCCAAGAGCCAACAGAAGGAGCAGAUGUUGCUGCUGGAGAAGAAGAGUGCUACUUACUCCCAGGUGCUUCUCCGCUGCCUCACUUUGCUGCAGAGGCUUCUUCAGGAACACCGGCUGAAGACUCAAUCCGAGCUAGACCGCAUCAAUGCCCAGUACCUGGAAGUCAAAUGCAGUGCUAUGAUCCUUAAGCUGAGGAUGGAGGAGCUAAAGAUUUUGUCCGACACUUACACUGUUGAGAAAGUGGAAGUUCAUCGUCUGAUUAGGGACCGUUUGGAGGGAGCCAUUCACCUACAGGAGCAGGACAUGGAGAAGUCAAGACAGGUCCUGAACUCCUAUGAGGUCCUUGGGGAAGAGUUUGACAGGCUGGUGAAAGAGUACACCGUACUCAAGCAGGCAACGGAGAACAAGCGGUGGGCUCUCCUGGAGUUCAACAAGGCCUAUCGUUGAGCUCUGGCAGGGCCAGGAAACAUGGCUUCUGCACAGCUGCUGCCUCCUAAUCUUCCUGCUAGUAGAACCACCUUCACCUGGGGCUGCCUUCACUACAAGGGAGUGUGGAAAUGCUUAUGCUUACUUGAAACACUGCAGUCAUUUAGGCACCCUCGUGGUUUCCCUUUAUUUUUUAUAAUGAUUAGGCCUCUUCUGGAAAAUCUAGCAAGCAGAUUUAUAUAAUUUUUAUGCAUAGCUGUGUGUCAGUGUCAGCCCUGUAUUAUAUUUGAUUAUCUCCUGAAUAAAGUUAUGAUAUUAUAUCUUA